GGUCAUUUUCUUGUUUUAUAAAUACACACAACAGCUAGUGGAAACAACCAUUUUCUGCAUCUCUCUUGCACAUUUGAGAGAAUCAAAAGCUCAAAACACAGAAAAAUUCAACCUUUUUUUUCUCAAUACUCCUCCCCACUAAGCUGGAAAUGGAGCUCCAGAGUGAUCAAUCAAGGGAGAUGUCAGCUGAGAGGAAGAUUGGGAGGGGAAAGAUCGAGAUCAAGCGGAUCGAAAACACGACAAAUCGGCAGGUUACCUUCUGCAAGAGGAGAAAUGGAUUGCUCAAGAAGGCCUAUGAAUUGUCUGUGCUUUGUGAUGCUGAGGUUGCACUAAUUGUUUUCUCAACCAGAGGGAGACUCUAUGAGUAUGCCAAUAACAGCGUUAAAGCAACAAUUGAGAGGUACAAGAAAGCAUCCUCAGAUUCCUCCAGUAGUGGCUCUAUUUCUGAAGCUAACACUCAGUAUUACCAGCAAGAGUCUUCAAAGCUCCGUGCACAAAUCAGUAAUUUGCAGAACAAUAAUAGGAACAUGGUUGGUGAGUGUUUAGGUGCUUUGAAUUUGAGGGAGCUCAAGAAUUUGGAGACUAAAGUGGAGAGAGCAAUUGGCAAAAUCAGAUCCAAGAAGAAUGAGCUUCUCUUUGCUGAAAUUGAGUACAUGCAAAAGAGGCAGGAGAUUGACUUACAUCAAAACAAUCAAUACCUUCGAGCAAAGAUAGCUGAAACUGAGAGAGGGCAGCAGCACAUGAACUUGAUGCCCGGGAGUUCCGAUCAGUAUCACAGCCUCGUUCAAUCUCAGCCGUUCGACUAUCUCCAACCCUCCGAUGAUUACCAUAGGCAAGACCAGACUUCUCUGCAAUUAGUCUAACCUUAUGUGGAGGCUGUUCUGUCGUGGCAAGUGAGCUUCAUCGAUUCAAAAACUCGUUGUUAUACUUAUAUUGUUGGUUGAUUAACUUUAUGUUAAUGUUGUAUUCUUGUUUGUUGAGGCUUAAAAUUUAGUUCAUAUAUGUAUUUGUGACCUAUAAAUAUUUGACAAUGCUUAACUAAUUACUACUACUACUACUUAAUUAAUAAUGUAUAUUUGAUGUU